AUGACCCACCAAGACUACAAUAACAUCAUCAUCGUCGGCGCUUCCAUCGCCGGCCACACUCUAGUCAACGAUCUCUACCCUUACCUCUCGUCAGAGUACCGCAUCCUCCUAGUUGAUGCCCUCGACUUUGCCUUUUGGCCCAUCGCAGCUAUCAGAGCUGCUACCGCUCCGCGUCUUCCUUUAUAUUCCCAGGCCGUGACAGUCCCCUUGACUGACGACCGGGUAUUCCCCGCUGGCUCGCAGCACCGUGUGAUUGUGCCAAACAGGCUUGUAGAGUGUAAAGAGACUAGCGUCGUGCUCGAGCAUCCCUUCGAGGGGUCCAACGAGAUUCCAUUUUGGGGAUGCGUGAUUGCCACGGGCGCAAAGCAGCAAGCACCUUUGGUUCCGGAUCUAUCUUUCACAGAAGAAGAGUACAAGCAGCUGUUGCGUCAGUACCAGAGAGACUUGAAGGAGGCCAAGGAUGUGGUAAUCAUCGGCGGAGGCACUGUUGGCAUCGAUCUUGCCGGUGUACAUAUUCGCUGUAUCAACGACAAGGCCAACAUCACCAUCGUUCACCCCCGCUCCGGCCUGCUAGAACCCACACCAUUCAACCCCAUCCCGGCAUCCACCACCACCAUUCCCACCUACUCUUCUCCCCCUGUCGACCCGCGCUUGUCCAAGAACCUGGAGGCGCUCUGCCGGAAACUCAACAUUGAGCUGAUUCUCGAGGAUCGGGUCGUCAUUCCCAAAGACGGCGAGGUAGUCGGUGCAGGAAAGUGGGAAGGAAACUAUGGAAAGCAGGAAGGGGUCAAGGUCGUGGGGUUGGAAAGCGGGAAACAGGUCAAGGCGGACUGGGUGAUCAUGGCGGCUGGUACCAAGCCCAACAGCUGGAUGGUCGCUAACAAGGACGAGGGAGCACUCGAUGGGAAGCUGAUCCGAGUAGAGGAGUACCUAAAGGUCGGUUCAUCAGUACUAUGUCGAACGACGGCGCUGAUGAAAGCAGGUCACUUCGACCAACGACAAUACUAUGCUAUAGGCGAUGUCUGCAGCGCUCCGGGUUUCAAGGCAGCUAGGGGUGCGGGGCUAGGAGGAUCCAACGCGGCUGUCAAUCUCGUAGCCGAGAUCAAGAACAAAUCUCGAACAAAGUUCAGUCCAGGUAUAAUCGGGCUCGGUAUCCCGGUAGGGCACUAUGAAGGAGCCGGUAUGGCGACUUUGCCGUGGAUCGGCAAUGUGAUGGUGGGUGGCGCCUUCAUCAGAAGGGUGCGAGGCGAUGCCACGCUUAUUCCAAAGCGUUUCGUGACCAUCUUCAAAGGCCCCAACAAGGUUCAUAUUGAAUUUGAUGAUGUGUUGAGAAAGUGA